CCGGAACCAACCCGGCCCUGCCUGGAACCGCCGCCUACCCGGGCUCGUUCCGGUUCUCCCUUUCCCAAAAAAAAGCCCGGCCGAGCUCAGGUCCGGCCGAGUCCGGGCCCAGCCCAGAACCGGCCCGGCUCGGAACCGGCUCGGAACCGGUCCGGAACUGGCCCGUCCCGGAACCGGCCCGGCCCUGAACAGCCCUGCCCUGGUCCAUCCUUAUAAGCAACUACCGCAGACUGGCAUCCAGCAUCGUCCGUUCGUCACUUCGUCCUCUUAGCUACUUGAAGUCCAGGCGGGCUCAGUCGGCUCGCCCUCUUCGUCAGUUGGUCACGCAAGCACGGCUCACGCCGGUCGCUGGUCGGCUGUCGGCGAACGACGCCUCUACUUGCUAGCCGCUAGAUCUCUGCUCGACUGAGCCUUGUUGUUCUGCUCUUCGCCUCUUCAGAUUUGAGGGCUUGUUGAAUGGCUUGCCUUUCAUCUGGUACCAGAGCAGCUUCUUAUGCUGCCUCGAGUUUCCUCUCCAAUCAGCAACAUUACUUUCUGCAGCAACAGAUCUAUCGUCUGAGCUUUUCCUACACCAGAUGUGUCAAUGUCCCGCUUAAUUUUCGCUCUCCCCGGAUUUUCAUAUCUCACAGAUCGGUCCAGCCCAUUUUCAAUGCCCUUUCUACUUACAAUGACACAUCUCAAGAAGGAAGGGUGGUUGUGUUGGUCAUUGGUGGAGGAGGAAGGGAGCAUGCACUUUGUUUUGCUUUACAACGGUCACCUACAUGUGAUAUGGUCUUCUGUGCUCCUGGUAAUGCUGGAAUUUCUCGUUCAGGAGAUGCUACCUGCAUACCGGACCUAGAUAUAUUCAAUAGUUCAGACGUGAUCUCAUUUUGCCACAAACGGGGGGUUGGGCUGGUUGUUAUUGGGCCCGAGUCUCCUCUUGUGGCAGGCCUCAGUAAUGCUCUUGGCAAGGCAGGAAUCCCGACCUUUGGCCCUUCCUCAGAAGCUGCUGCCUUGGAAGGGUCAAAAAGCUUCAUGAAGAGCUUGUGUGACAAGUAUGGGAUCCCAACAGCAAAAUAUCAAACAUUUACAGAACCGUCAAAAGCAAAAGAGUACAUUAAACAGAAAGGCAUCCCCAUUGUAAUCAAAGCAGAUGGAUUGGCUGCCGGUAAAGGAGUGAUCGUUGCCAUGACACUUGAGGAAGCAAUUGAGGCUGUAGACUCGAUGCUUCUGGGAGGCAUGUUUGGCUCUUCGGGCUCAAAAGUUGUGGUUGAGGAGUACCUGGAAGGAGAGGAAGCUUCUUUCUUUGCAUUAGUGGAUGGCGAACAUGCCAUACCAUUGGAAUCGGCUCAAGACCAUAAACGGGUCGGGGACGGUGACACAGGACCUAAUACAGGUGGAAUGGGAGCUUAUUCUCCGGCACCUGUGCUGACAAAAGAACUCCAGUCUGAGGUUAUGGAGUCUAUCAUUCUUCCUACUGUGAAGGGAAUGGAUGCAGAAGGGUGCAAAUUUGUUGGGGUUCUGUAUGCCGGGUUAAUGAUUGAGAAGAAAUCUGGACGACCUAAGUUAAUAGAGUACAAUGUGCGUUUUGGAGAUCCUGAGUGCCAGGCAUUGAUGGUUCGCUUGGAAUCUGAUUUGGUCCAGGUCCUGCUUGCAGCCUGUCAUGGAGAGCUAAAUGAGAUAUCCCUGAACUGGUCACCUGGGUCAGCUAUGGUGGUAGUAAUGGCCAGCGAGGGCUAUCCCGGAAAAUACAAAAAGGGAUCAGUCAUUCAUAACCUUGAGGAAGCGGAGCAUAAGAGUUCCCCAAUGGUGAAAAUUUUCCAUGCCGGAACAUCUGUAGACGCAGAUGGAAAUUUCAUUGCAACUGGAGGACGCGUCCUUGGGGUCACCGCCACAGGAAAGGAUCUUGCAGAGGCACGUGACAGAGUGUACCAUGGCAUUGAGCAGAUUGAUUGGCCGGGUGGUUUCUACCGUCGGGAUAUUGGUUGGAGAGCGCUGUCUUCCAAACAACAUGGCCCCCAGUAAAAUGUUGGGUGUAUUUUUGAACUUGUUAUAUGUCGACUCUUGCUAUGGCCAUACCCUUGCUCGAUUCAUUGGGAUGCGUCUGUUUAGAUCUUGGUAGGGUAAGAAAAUAGAAGAGGGGGGAGUCAGGGAAAAUAUCUGAGAGUUAAUUUAUUGCUAGCAAUUGAGAGAAAACACCAAGACGGCAAGACCAAAAUAAUGUGAUUUUUCUAUACACCAACUACCAUUUUGCAUUAUCCUCACUAACAAUAUUUUUUUUGGUGAUCCUAGAUGCAAAUUUGUUUAGGCGUACUUGACAAAAAUGUUAGAAUUGUUGUAAAUGAAGUUCUUAUGUGUACAAGAGUAACGUACAAGUAUGGUGUGAGAAACAAAAGGAUUGUACAAACACAGGGGGAGUAUUAGUAUACAAUAUUACCAAAUUGAAA